CAGAGCAUCCUUCCGUCAUGGCGUCUGUUUGGGCUAAAUCCUCCGUUCACCUGCCGGUCCUGUCUGUUUUCUGCCUCUUGCUGCUAUGUCUGCCACCCGGGGGAGGACAAAAGAAGAAGGAGAAUCUGCUGUCAGAGAAGGUUGACCAGAUGAUGGAGUGGUCCUCUCGGCGUUCGGUCGUCCGGAUGAAUGGGGACAAGUUCCGUCGCUUCGUCAAGGCCCCACCCAGGAACUACUCUGUCAUCGUCAUGUUCACUGCCCUGCAGCCUCAAAGGCAGUGUUCUGUUUGCAGGCAGGCAAAUGAGGAGUACCAGGUCCUGGCAAACUCAUGGCGUUACUCAUCUGCAUUUUCCAACAAGCUGUUCUUCACAGUAGUGGACUAUGACGAGGGAGCAGAUGUUUUCCAACAGUUGAACAUGAACAGCGCUCCAACCUUCAUGCAUUUCCCCGCCAAGGGUAAGCCCAAGAGAGCUGAUACAUUUGACCUGCAAAGGAUUGGCUUUGCUUCAGAGCAGCUGGCCAAGUGGAUUGCAGACCGCACAGAUGUUCAGAUUCGUGUCUUCCGUCCUCCUAAUUAUUCGGGGACUAUCGCUCUGGCUCUGUUGGUAUCGCUGGUUGGAGGUCUGCUGUAUCUGAGGAGGAACAACUUGGAAUUCAUAUACAACAAGACUGGAUGGGCUAUGGCUGCAUUGUGUGUGGUUUUUGCGAUGACAUCUGGUCAGAUGUGGAAUCAUAUCAGAGGUCCUCCCUACGCCCACAAAAACCCCCAGAAUGGACAAGUGAGUUAUAUCCAUGGCAGCAGUCAGGCUCAGUUUGUGGCCGAGUCUCAUAUCAUCCUUCUACUGAAUGCUGCAAUCACCAUGGGGAUGGUGCUGCUAAAUGAGGCUGCCACCUCCAAGGGAGACGUUGGCAAGAGGAGAAUCAUCUGCCUGGUUGGCCUCGGCCUGGUGGUGUUUUUCUUCAGCUUCCUGCUCUCCAUUUUCAGGUCCAAGUACCAUGGAUACCCCUACAGCUUCCUUAUUAAGUGAAAAGAGACAGAAGAGGAGGUCAGAGGAAGGCGAAGCGGCAGUAGGUGAGAAGAAGAGGUGUCAAGAAGAUACUUGAAGAGGAGUAGGCAGCAUCACUAUUGAGUUGAGAGUGCAUAGUGGGGUUUCUUUUGUGUGUCUGUUGUUUUUUUAUCAACUCCCUUCUUAAACUCUGCAAACUGAAUAGAAAAUAAAUUAUUCCUUCUUACACUGGAAAUAAAGGUAUUGAGCAUGCAUUUUUGUCAUUUUUUAUGGUUCCUUUUAAAGGUUGAAUAUUCUGUUUAGAUAUGUUUAGACCUGUGACUGUGGAAUUAUGUUGUUUUUUUUAAAUCCAUGUAUUGGAUCUCAUUUUUGAAAAUUGUGUUGCAGGUGAAGGGAGAGUAAGAGACAUUGAAAGUCACAGAGAUGUGAGAGGACGGGAGGUGAAGCAGCAGGUUAGACAGAUGGUUAAAGUAGUAGAAGUCAAACACAAAGCCAGAGGACUAACGUUUCUUAAUUAGUUACUAGGAAAGCAUAUUAGCCAGGUGUAAAAUCUUUAUAAAUUCUAACUUUCCAAGUGCUUUUCACAUUGUCUUUCUCGUUUUUCACUUUCUCAUGGUGGCAACACAUGUAGCUGUUGAAGAUAAACAUGUUAAUCCCAAGAUGGCUCCUUCAGCCUCUACGGUAGAUUUGGAGCUCAGUCAGACUCAGUUUCAUGGUGCCACCAGUUUUUAAAUGACAUAGCUAAAAUAUGAAUGGCUCAAACAAUGAAUAGUGUGCAGAUUUACAUAAACACAUAUGGAAUAAAUGCAUUUAUCACAGGUCAGAGGGCUUUUUUUCUCUUACACUGCAUGUUUACACCUUCUGGUGCCAGACUCAGUGGUGGUUGCUUUCAGUUUGCUUGGAUGAAGACCACAAUAUAUUCUUUUACUCUCCUUCCCUGUAAUCUCACAGCAUGUUCAUAAUUAUGUGUCUGCGAAAUGUCCAUUGCCAGUAUCUUUCAACUGGAUGUAUAUAUUAUAUUUUCAACUACAGCGUUCAAACAACGACAACAAAAGAUAGUUUGUUAGGCAUCUAAAACUACUUGGGUGCAGUUAUGCAAAGAUUGUGGUCAUAUUAGUAAAUAAAUAAUCCACACUGACCAGUAUGAUAGGAUGUGAGUGUUAAACAAAAACUCCAGUUUUACUUUUUGCUGCACUAAAUGAACAUUCACUUCUCCCCGCACUGAAGUCGAUUUUAAAAAUAAAAAUGAAAAAUAGUAGUACAUGAACCUAGUUUACCGAAGGCAGGCUGCGGGUGCUGUAACUUUUCUUGCUCAAUGUGAGAAGCAUAGGUCAUUUAGAGAAUACAUACAUUUCUAAUUCUUUUCACUUGCAGACUGCCCACUAAAACACUGAGUGGGCUGGAGCAUUGAAACCAUUUAUGUAACCCCUCUAUGCGUGGGCAGACAGAGGAACGGUGCAGCACAUGGACCAGUUUUGAAAAAUGUAAUAAAAAUAUUCCCUUUCAGA